AUGCGGAUCGGCCUCACACCCAGUGACCAGAUUGCACUCUCCCUGCGCUGUGAUGAACAAGAGACAGCCGAUCGAUCCUGGCUCGAAGAUCAAGCUGAACAAGGCACUGCUGCUGCAUCAUAUCUCUUGGCUCGGGUGUUGCAAUCUGAGAUCGGUGAGCAGCGAUAUCCGACUUGGUUUGAGCUGGAUCCCACCCCGCCGCGAAUCUUCCACCAUUUGGAGAAGGCAACGCAAGCUGAUCAUUCCGUGGCUCAGUUCUAUCUGGCUGGACGUUAUCGCAAUGGACUCGGUGUCAACCAAGAUCGCCCCAAGGCUGUCGAACUGUAUCGAGAGCUUGCAGAACGUGGAAUACCUCCGGCCCAAGUUGUCCUUGGCAGUUGCUACGAAAGUGGCGAAGGUGUCGAUCAAGACUUUGACGCAGCCAUUGAGUGGUACACCAAGGCUACAAAUCAAGGCAGCGAAGAUGGCCACAGUGACAGCCAGUUUUGGAUCGGAAGGUGCUACAUCAAUGGCUUUGGAGUAUCGAGUGACAACAAGAAGGCAUUCGAGUGGCUCAGCAAAUCGGCCGACCAAGGCAACUCAUAUGGGCAGUGGAGGAUUGGUUAUUGCUACAUGAACGGAUACGGAGUCGCCCAGGACCACACCAAGGCAGUCGAGUGGUACCGCAAGUCGGCCGAGCAGGGCAAUCGAUACGGACAAUGGUGGCUCGGCAACCGCUACAAGGAUGGCGAAGGUGUCCCCAAGAACAUCGACACUGCCGUCUUCUGGCUCCGCAAGUCCGUCGACCAGGGUUUCCGAGAUGCCAUCUACGACCUCAAGCAACUCGGCAAGUGGCCCUGA